AUGGAAACAUUCAACUUAGGGACUUAUCAAGUACGACAAAGGUUGUUUUGCAAAAUUAUCAACACAUUAUUAGCACGCAAAUCCUCACUAAGCUAAGCGCCUAUGCACUGCUAUUGUGCCCGUUUCCUUGCAGCUAUACUAUACAACUUACAGCUUAGACCUCCAAUAAUGCGAUCUCAUCAGAGCUAAACCCUGAUAGCUGAAGAGUCAUGACGUUUAGGCAACACGUACAGCUACAUAUUGAGUAAAAAACAUUUAGUUCCAAGCUGACAUCUUAUAGGAAAACUUACUUAACACGUUCACUGCGAACGACGCUGAUCCGCGUCCGACCGAUGUUUAACGAAAGGCGGCGGGCGCGGAUCCGCGCUUCUGGCUGAUAUAAACUCACAAGACUGUGGUGUUGUCAGUUUCUCACAGAAAAAUCUUUAAUAGGGUUUCAAGACAUGUUUCGUGUUACUGCACGAAAAAAAAACGAGAUAGAAGAAGAAAAUGUAUAUAUGAAAUAGUUUUCAAUUACACAACGCACAUCCAAUAGGCUUACGACGCGAAUCCGCGCUUCGCUUGUGCAGCGCCUAAAAUCGUUUAGCCGCUACCGUGCGCGCGGCGCGAGGCAGGUCGCAGCGAACGUGUUAAUAUACAAAAAUCCUAUAUGAU